UCUAAAAACAGUUACUUCUUCUUCUUCACUUCUCUACUCUAACCUUCAUGAUUUCUUAGCUAUCUUCUUUGAUUCUGUUUGUUAAUCUUCAUGGUAUCAGAGCGGGCUCGUAUAAUUUCGCAUUCAAAUUCUUGACAAGAAACAGUCAAAAAAAUCAAAAACUCUGAGUUAACAGAAAUGGCAAUCAAAGCAGCUGUCAAUGGUGUUAAUGCAAACAAUGGUGAUCCAAGCAAUGUGAACAUUAGUAAUGGAUCAGAACCUGCACAGAACACUCAGAACUCUAGCAGUGUUCAAGGGGAUGGAAUUUAUUACAAUCAUUCUCUAUUCUUGAAUCCAUAAGAUGUAAGUGGAAUCCAAAUAUUGACAUUUCAAUUGACUGGAAUCGAAAAUUUCUCAAUCUAGUAUAAUUCAACGAAAAUUGCCCUUCUUGGAAGAAAUAAGAUGGGACUAGUUGAUGGUUCUUGUAGCAAAGAUAAGUUUCCAGAUUCUAUGGGAAAUCACUGGGAAAGAGCGAAUGCAAUUGUGCUAUCUUGGGUGAUGAAUUCAAUCUCAAAGGGCUUGUUAAGAGGAGUCAUGUAUGCUACAACUGCCAAGGCCAUAUGUUUGAAAGGUUCAAGAAGGUGGAUGGUUCAAGGACGUUCAACGUUCAUAAAGAAAUUUCAACUAUGGUUCAAGGAUCUUUGGAAUGGACAGGUGAAGGAGAUUGGUAAAGAGAAAAAUGGAUUAUACAUAUUGGUCAACCAAGCAUUUAGAUUCAACUGAAGAAUAACAUUAACUACUACAGCAACGGACAAAGCUGAGGAUUUAGAGUCUACUGCUAAUAUGAAACUGUGGCAUAAAAGAUUUGGCCAUGUAUCAUCUAGAGUUCUGAAUAAAAUGUUGAAUGUUUCAUUAGAUAAAAUUGUCAAACUAUUCAAGAAUGUACUGUUUGCCCUUGUGCAAAACAGACUAGACAAUCUUUUCCUAUUAGUAGUAUAAAAACUUCUGCA